CAACAAGCACCAUCCUCCAGCCGUGACGUCACCAUGGGUAUAAGAACUAACCCGGCGAAGGAGUUAAGUUGUUAGUCUGUCAUCCGCCUCACGGUCAGCACAGGUCAUAGCUCUGCACAUAACAGUGUUACACGGUGUGAUUAAUAAGUGUGCUCCAGUGUGACCUACAAUCGGGCACUAUGCGGUUAUACCUCUUCGGAGCGCUGCUAUGCCUGGCCUUGGCCCAGUGCCUUUGCAACCCUAUAGUGACACGUGAGGGGAAAUCAGAACAGUCGGUCCAGACUGAAGGGAUUAAAAAGGAGGAAACGACUGGUGUUACGAGUGUUGAGGGCCCAACCACCGAAGCCCCGAAGAAGUUGAAAGAGACUGGUCGCCAGUCGUCCGAUGACGACGACGAUGAUGACGACGACGACGACGAUUUGGGCCUAGACAUCGGCGACGACGACGAUGAUGACGACGACGCCGAUGACGACGACGACGACGAUGACUAUUUCGACCGGUUCUUUGACGAUAUUCUCGGAGGUGACGAUGAUGAUGACGACGACGAUGACGACGACACCGUGGCCGAGGACGCGCCCGCGCCCGCUCCCGCCGAGCCCGUGGUUGCCGCAGCCAGCGAGCAAGCCGCCGAAGAGGUGGCCGAAGAGGACACUCUGGAGGAGCACUCCGCUGGGGAUUUGGAAAACGAGACUAACGGUACGGCUGUUGAGGCCCCUGACAGUGAGACUUUCGUCGACAAAAACCCGACUGAAAGCAGCGAACCCGUCGUUGUCGAGGAGGUGCCAGCGAAUGACGCUGAGGACGACGACGACGAUGAUGACGACGACGACGAUGAUGACGAUGGCGACGCCCUCGAAGGCCUGACUGACGACGAUGACGACGACGACGACGACGAUGAUACUGACGACGAUGACGAUGACGAUGACGAGACUGAUCUCGACGAUGUCAUUGAAGCCAAACGAUCACGUGCCAUGCAAACCCCGCAAAUGCCCGCCAUGUACAUUUCAAAGUACAACAGAUUCGUCGAUAACAUAAUCGGCCGUAUUAACAAAAUCCUCGGCAAGUCGUACGACCCCGUCCGUGUGAAACUCCAGUCAAACAACGACGCCAAAAAGAAGAAAACCACGCCGAACAAGAAGACCAACAAACGCAAAACCAACAAAAAACGGACCAAUACCAAACGAACGGCUGGAAUGACCAAUAAAAUGGCCGAAAUUUCCAUCGCCCGGUCCACGGAGAGCGAGAGUCGGGAACCCGCCUUUAUCCUCAUUUCGAAAACCAGCGAUUCUAAGCCGGCAGUUAGAAACGUGCCCGUUCAAAGGGCAACAAAUACGAAGAAAACGACAAAAAGGAAGAACAAUAAAAACAGUAAAAAUAAGACUAAGGCCACAACUGGGGCCAAAAAGCCGGGCCCUAAAGCCCGGGCCACGCUUUUCGGCCUGAGCUCGAUCAAGCGAGACGGCGACGUUAGUGUGAACAUGAUGCCAGACCACACCACUGUUAAGACAAAUUUUAUCCUCGGGCCCCUAACGCUUCGAGUUGAGCGCGAGAUGGCCAAAGGGGCCAAACGUGAAGUCAAGAGUGCCACGGCCACGACUGCGGAAAUGCACGGCCGACUGAACCUUAGGAUAGUGCACGGAGGGGCUGCCACGCUCCACUCGAUCCGGGUCCUCCAGCCUAAACAAGUCCGGGUGGAAAGUCUCGACGAUCAUGAUAAGACCAAGGAGUUCAUGUGGCGGAAAAGCCCACAUAUAGCCUCGCUAGUGUCGCAGAAGUUGGUCUCAGCGGCUCGGUCGAUGCUCAAGCCGCCACCGGCAGCGUAGAUCUCACGGGAAAUCAUCAGUAGUGCCUAAACUUAUUUAUUUUAUUUAUUGUAUAGUAGAGUUAGUGUGUGGAGUGCGAGGUGGAAAUAAAUUUUAAUUCGUUCCUUCA